UUGUCGAAGAAGAAGAGGGAGCUGCCACCGUUCUUUUUUUUUUCCAGUCAGGGAAAGUAACGCUGAACUUCUCUGUCACCUGGUCCUGUUUGCAGAUCGAGUUGUAGGUGAGCUGACAUGUCAGGCAGCAGGAUGAUGAGAGCCAUCAGAGUCAGUGAGUUUGGAGCUCCGUCUGUCCUCAGGCUGUGCUCCGAUGUCCCUGUCCCUCAGCCGGGACACAGACAGGUACUGAUAAAUGUCCGUGCCUGUGGCGUGAACCCCGUGGAAACGUACAUCCGAUCCGGAUCUUACGCCCGGAAGCCCACUCUGCCAUACACACCGGGCUCAGAUGUAGCCGGAGUGGUGGAUGCUGUCGGAGAGGGAGUCACUGCAGUAAAGGCAGGGGAUCGCGUCUUCACCACCGCCACUCAGUCCGGAGGUUACGCGGAGUGCGCUGUAGCAGCGGACGACUGUGUCCACAAGCUGCCUGAUGCGCUGGACUUCACACAGGGAGCAGCCAUAGGCAUUCCUUACUUCACAGCCUACAGAGCCCUGGUUCACAAAGCUCACGCCAAAGCUGGAGAGACGGUCCUCAUCCAUGGAGCCAGCGGAGGGGUGGGUGUGGCAGCGUGCCAGCUGUCCCGCGCUCUGGGCCUCAGGGUGCUGGGGACGGCAGGGACACCAGAAGGGAUGAAGUUGGCCCUCGACAACGGAGCGCACUGUGCUUUUAAUCAUCGAGAGGAGGGAUACACAGACAGAAUCAUGGAGGCCACAGACGGCCGAGGCGUGGAUGUGAUAGUGGAGAUGCUCUCCAACGUCAACCUCGGCAAAGACCUCCAGCUGAUGGCGUACGGAGGGCGAGUCACGGUUGUCGGUUCAAGAGGCUCUGUAGAGGUCAACCCCAGAGACACCAUGGCCAAAGAGAGCAGCAUCAUAGGAGUGUCCCUUUUCUCCUCCACACCGGAGGAGAAGAGGGAGUGUGCGGCGCUGCUGUUUGCGGGAAUGGAGGCCGGCUGGCUGCGGCCGGUCGUCGGCCCCCAGUACCCUCUGGAGAAGGCCGCCCAGGCUCACCAGGACAUCAUCSAGAGUCCCGGGGCUUCUGGGAAAAUUGUCCUGACUAUGUAAUGUGCUGGACAUUGAGUAAGGGGUCGAUAUUGGAUUUUAUUUAGUUAAUUAGGAUUAUAUCCACACGCAACUAGUGACAAUACAACUACAUCUGACUAAUAGGAAAAAAAAAACAGUUUUAAAACGGAAAUUGUUUCACACUGGCUUAAUUGUUAUUUAAAAAAAAAGGCUAUUUUAAUGUGACAAUAAAAGCCUCAUAAAAAUUCAUAUUCUACUUUACUGAAUCUGACUGUUUGUGAUUGCAACCUGCCAAAACGUAGAAAAAAAUCAAGAGGCUUGAACACUUACAAGACACUGCCCUUUUUUUUUUUUUUUUUUACAUAAAUUACAUUUUAUUGAUGCUUUGAUUAUGCAAACUAUUUUAUCUCUGUUGGAAGCAGUUGUAUAUGCUGUAAAUAGCGAAUUGAUAAUAAAUCAGACUAAUAAAACAGAGUUCUGAACUUGUCACACACGA